AUGGAUAACGUCUGUCUUCGGCUAUUCCCGUUCUCCUUGCUAGGCAAGGCGAAGACGUGGUUUUACACCAACAAAGCAGACUUCACCACAUGGGAAGCUUGCUCCAAUGCAUUCCUGAUGAAAUAUUUUCCGGUGGGCAAAACCAAUGCCCUCCGAGGUAAAAUCUCUAGAUUUCAGCAGCUCCCGGAUGAAGCCAUCCCGAAAGGUUGGGAGAGAUUCCAGGAAUACAUCGCAACAUGCCCCCACCACGGCAGGGCAGAAUGGCUGAUCAUCCAGAGUUUCUUCAAUGGCCUGAACACACCAGCCCAGAACCACAUCGAUGCAGCAUCCGGUGGUUCUUUCCUUUCGCUCAGCGUCAAUGCAACGAAGGCGCUGGUAGAGAAGAUUGCUUCCAACCAGGGUUGGAAAGGUGAAAGGCUGCAACAGCCCCGCAAGGGAAUCCAUCAUAUCGAUAGUAUCGAUAUGCUUGCUGCCAAGAUGGACCUUCUCAUAAAGAGACUGGAGUCUCCGCACCAGGAGGCCAACCAAGUUAUGGAUUCUCGCAUGACAUGCGAGACUUGUGGAGAAACUAGACAUACGGGUAACUCUUGCCCGAUCACUCAGGAGGAAGCUCACUUCAUUGGAGCAAACAACUCCAACAACUCUGCCUUCCGUCCUCAGCAGGGUUGGAAUUCCAAACCCAACCUCCCCUUCGAUCAGCAGCAAGCCUUCACAUGGUUUACUACAUUGCCAUCUAACUACAUUAUAUACUGGGCCGAUCUGGAGAAGCAGUUCCACCAGUUCUUCUAUUCUGGUGUAGAGGGGAUGAAGUUGACCGAUCUGACCAACUUGAGACAAAGAAACGAUGAAUCGGUCGCUGCCUUCAUUAAGAGGUUCAGAGAUGUCCAGAACCGGUUCUUUAGUCUGGUUCUGUCUGAUCAACAGUUAGCAGAGGUUGCCUUCCAAGGACUCCUGCCACACAUCAAGGAGAAGUAUGCUUCUCAGGAGUUCUACAGCAUCAGUCAGAUGGCUAACAGGAUGACAGGGGAGGCAAGACCAUAUGAACAGAAGAGGAGCAACUUCCAGAAAAAGAACAAUAAGAAGCCGAUCUCAUGUCCUUUCGGUAACAAAGAACCAGAGAAGUAUGGGUUUGAUAUUAGUAAGGCUGACAAGAUCUUCGACCGGUUGCUGUUAGAGGAACAGAUCAAGCUGAAGCCAUACCAUAAGAUCCAGACAGAUUAG